AUGACAGUUCACUUAUUUGGAGCCACUUCAUCUCCUAGUGUUGCCAGUUAUUCAUUGAGACGAACUGCAAUUGACAAAGAAGAUGGAUAUAAUCAAACAGUAAUUGAUGGGAUCCAUGACCAUUUUUAUGUUGAUGACUACUUAAAGGUAUCAAAUGAUGAGCUUAACCCUGCAGAUGAGGCCUCCAGAGGGCAGCAAUCAUCCAGGUGGUCGCAAGGACCAGAGUUCUUGAGGACCUCGGGGGGCCCAGUUGGCCCGCCCGCCCGGGGACCUCGCACCGACUGGCCCGCCCGCCCCGGGGACCUCGCGGGGCCGACUGGCCCGCCCGCCCCGGGGAACCUCGGCGGGCCGACCUGGCCCGGGGGCCCGCCCCGGGGACCUCGGCGGGCCGGCCUGGCCCGCCCGCCCCGGGGACCUCGGCGGGCCGCCUGGCCCGCCCGCCCCGGGGACCUCGCGGGCCGACUGGCCCCGCGGCCCGGGGACCUCGGCGGGCCCAGUGCCCCGGGGCCCCGUCGGGGAACCUCGGCGGGCCGACUGGCCCGCCAGGCCCCGGGGACCUCGGCGGGCCGACCUGGCCCGCCCAGCCCGGGACCUCGGCGGGCCGACUGGCCCGCCCAAGCCCCGGGGACCUCGGCGGGCCGACUGGCCCGCCCGCCCCGGGGACCUUCGCGGGGCCCAGUGGCCCCGACCCCCCGCCCCGGGGACCUCGGCGGGCCCCGACCUGUGGCCCCCCCCCCGCCCGGGACCUCGGCGGGCCGACUGGCCCGCCCACCCCGCCGGGACCUCCGCGGGCCCAUGGCCCGCCCCCACGGGGACCUCGGCGUGGCCGAACUGGCCCGCCCGCCCCGGGACCUCGGGGGCCGACUGGCCCGCCAGCCCCGGGACCUCGGCGGGCCCGACUGGCCCUCCUGCCCAGGGGACCUCGGCGGCCGCUGGGCCCGACCGCACCCGGGGACCUCGCGGGCCGACUGGUCCGCUCCGCCCCGGACCUGGCGGGCCGACUGGCCCUCCCACCCCGGGGACCAUCGGCGGGCCAGUGGCCCCGCCCGCCACGGGGACCUCGGCGGCCGCUGGCCCGCCAAGCCGCCCCUGGGGACCUCGGCUGCCGACUGGCCCGCCAGCCCCGGGGACCUCGGCGGGCCGACUGGCCCGCCAGCCCCGGGGACCUCGCGGCCGACUGGCCCCCGCCCCGGGACCUCGUCUGGCCCAGUGGCACCGCCGCCCCGUGUGACCUCGGCGGGCCCCAGUGGCCCGCACCGCCCCGGGGACUCGUCGGCCCAGUGGCGCCCGCCCGCCCCGGGGACCUCGGCGGGGCCCCAGUGUCACGCCCGCCCCGGGCACCUCGGCGGGCCGCACUGGCCCGCCACGGGGACCUCGGGGGGGGUCGGGCGACUGGCCCGCCCAUGCCCGGGGACCUCUCCGGACUCCCGGCGCCCCGGGGAGGUGGGCCCUGGGCCGCCACCGGGGGUCGGGGACCCAGGUCGGCGGGCCACCGCCCGCCCAGGCGGGGAGUCCCGGCCCGCCGGGGGACCUGGCCCCGGGGCCCAGGGCCCCGGGGACCUCGGCGGGGGGGGGCCCGACGCCCCCAAGCCCGGGGACCUCGGCUGUGGACCGCCCGCCCCGGGGCCUCCUCGGUGGACUCGGCGGGCCCAGUGGCCCGCCCUUCCCGCCCCGGGGACCUCGGGCUGGCCCAGUGGCCCUUCCCGCCCCGCCCGGGGACCUCGGCGGGCCCAGUGCACGCCCGCCCCGGGGCCUCGGCGGGCCCGUGGCCCGCCCGCCCCGGGGGGGGGGGACCUCGGCGGGCCGACUGGCCCGCCCCACCCCCACCCCGGGGCCUCCGACGGGCCAGUGGUUCCCGCCCCCACGGGGACCUCGGCGGGCCACUGGCCCGCCAGCCCCGGGGACCUCGGCGGGCCGACUGGCCCGCCAGCCCCGGGGACCUCGGCGGGCCCGCUGGCCCGCUCGGGCCCUGGGGACCUCGGCGGGCCCAGUGGCCUGCCCGCCCCGGGGACCUCGGCGGGCACAGUGGCCCGCCGGCCCCGGGGACCUCGGCGGGCACAGUGGCCCGCCGGCCCCGGGGACCUCGGCGGGCCCCAAAACUGGCCCGCCAGCCCCGGGGGGGCGACCAUGGCUGGCCCAGUGCCCGCCCGCCCACCGGGGACCUCGGCGGGUCUCAGUGGCCCGCCCGCCCCGGGGACCUCGGCGGGCCCCACCCAGUGGCCCACCCUGCCCGCCCCGGGGACCUCGGCGGGCCAACUGGCCCGCCCGCCCCGGGGACCUCGGCGGCCCAGCCCAGUGGCCCGCCCGCCCCCGGGGACCUCGGCGGCCCAACUUUCCCGCCCGCCCCGGGGACCUCGGCGGGCCCAGUGGCCCGCCCGCCCCUGGGACCUCGGCUGGCCCAUUGGCCUGCCCGCCCCGGGGACCUCGGCGGCCCAUUGGCCCUCCCGCCCCGGGGACCUCAGCGGGCCCAGUGCCCGCCCGCCCCGGGGACCUCGGAGGGCCGAAUGGUCCAGCCCACCCCGGGGACCUUGGCCCACCAGCCCCGGGGACCUCGGCGGGCCGACUGGCCCACCCGCCCCGGGGAUCUCGGCGGGCCCACUGGCCCGCCCGCCGGGGACCUCGGCGGGCCGACGUCGGCCCCGACCUCGCCCCGGGGCCCCUGGCCCGCCCGCCCUGGAGGCGGGCCCGGCCCCGCCCGACCUCCGGGCCACUGUGCCCGCCGAGGUCCCCGGGGGGGCGGGCGGGCCAGUCGGAGACCUCGGGCGGGCCAAGUGGCCCGCCCGCCCCGGGGACCCUCGGCGGGCCCAGUGGCCCGCCCGGCCCGGGACCUCGGCGGGCCGACUGGCCCCCCCGCCCCCCCCGAGGGACCUCGGCGGGCCCAUGCCCGCCCCGCCCCGGGGACCUCGGCGGGUCGACUGGCCCGCCAGCCCCGGGGAGGAACGUCGGCGGGCCGCUGGCCCGCCAGCCCCGGAGACCUCGGUGGGCCGAACUGGCCCGCCCGCCCCUGGGACCUCGGCUGGGCCCGACUGGCCCGCCCGCCCCGGGGACCUCGGCGGGCCCAUUGGCCCGCCCGCCCCGGGACCUCGGCGGGCCCAUUGGCCCGCCCGCCAGGGGACCUCGGCGGGCCGACUGGCCCGCCAGACCCCGGGACGGCGGGCCGACUGGCCCGCCCAGCCCCGGGGACCUCGGCGGGCCGACUGGCCCGCCAGCCCCGGGGACCUCGGCGGCCGCGGCCCGCCCGCCCCGGGACCUCGGCGGGCCCGCCCCGGGGCCCGCGCCCGGGGACCUCGGCGGGCCCAGUGGCCGCCCUCCCCGGGGACCUCGGCGGGGAGUGGCCCGCCCGCCCGGGGACCUCGGCGGGCCCAGUGGCCCGCCCGCCCGGGGACCUCGCGGGCCGACUGGCCCGCCCACCCCGGGGACCUCCGCGGGCCCAGUGGGCCCCGCCCCCACGGGGACCUCGGCGGGCCGACUGGCCCGCCAGACCCGACCUCGGCGGGCCGACUCCCGCCCGCCCGCUGGGGACCUCGGCGGGCCAGUGGCCUGGCCCGCCCCGGGGACCUCGGCGGGCAUGGCCCGCCCGCCCCGGGACUUCGCGGGCCCACCAGGUGGCCCGCCGGCCCCGGGGACCUCGGCGGGCCCCACUGGGGCCCGGCCACCUCGGCGGGCACAGUGGCCCGCCCGGCCCCGGGGACCUCCGCCCGGGCCAAAAUCGGCGGGGCCACUUGGCCCGCCGCCCCGGGGACCUUGGCUGGCCCAGUGGCCCGCCCGCCCCGGGGACCUCGGCGGGCUCAGUGGCCCGCCCGCCCCGGGGACCUCGGCGGGCCCAGUGGCCCGCCCGCCCGCCGGCGGGUAACUGGGGCGGGCCCCGGGAUGCGCCCACCCGCCCGGGGACCUCGGCGGGCCAACUGGCCCGCCCGCCCCGGGGACCUCCAGUGGCCCGCCCGCCCCGGGGACCUCGGCAGGCCCAGUGGCCCGCCCGCCCCGGGGACCUCGGCGGCCCAACUUUCCCGCCCGCCCCGGGGACCUCGGCGGGCCCAGUGGCCCGCCCCCGCCCCGGGACCUCGGCUGGCCCAUUGGCCUGCCCGCCCCGGGGACCUCGGCGGGCCCAUUGGCCCUCCCGCCCCACCUCAGCGGGCCCAGUGGCCCGCCCGCCCCGGGGACCUCGGCGGGCCGAAUGGCAGCCAGCCCCGGGGACCUUGGCCCGCCAGCCCCGGGGACCUCGGCGGCGCCCACUGGCCCACCCGCCCCGGGGAUCUCGGCGGGCCCACUGGCCCGCCCGCCCCGGGGACCUCGCGGCCGCCGACUGGCCCGCCCGCCCCCCCCCCCCCCGGGGGGGGACCUCGGCGGGCCCAGUGGCCCGCCCGCCCCGGGGACCUCGGCGGGCCACUGUGCCCGCGAGUCCCCGGGGCGGGCGGGCAGUCGGAGACCUCGGCGGGCCAACUGUACUGUAGAGGCCGAUGGCUCUCCCAUCUCCUUUCACAUGAGUAUAAUUCUACUGGUGAACAUGAGGAAAAUCCAAGAGAUUUUAUGAACAGUGAAAUUUCGUUUUGGGAAUUCAACAAAUGUGUCAUUCUGGAGAGCCUUCACGUCUCCCAAAUGAAUGGAAAGCCACCUGGCAUAAUGAAUAUGAUCCAGGACAAAGAAGAAAGGAAUGAGUUCCUGCAGCAGGUCUUCGUACAAAUUGAAAUUAGACUCCCGAUUGUCAAAAGCACAAGUUGUGAAAAGCCUUUUCUUGGUGUAGUAGGACAAACUACUUCUUCCUCCACAGCACUUGCUACAACUGCUCUCCUAAAAGUUUAG